AUACGAGAAAUAGACAGGAAGCAAAACAAGUGAACUGAAAUGGCAUUAUAUAUCACAUGACAAGGUUAACAAGGCUAAGUCGCCCUAACCACAGGGGGCCCGUUUAACAAGCCGUUGAAAUAUAUUGCAUGAGCUCACAUAUUCACUUAAUAAUGUACGAAAAUCACUUAGCAAAACCCCACUUGUUUCAGGGAUUUAUUUUAGCGUUUCAUCACAAAACAUUAAUCAGGCUUUUUGGAGGAAAAACCGCGGCAAACUUUCUAAUAAAAGGUGUUAAAGUGUGUGGGCCUCCGUGAGCCAAUCAUAUCCAUCGCAUUGCUUAUCGCAUCGAAUAUGUGUGGCAUAUGAUUAGAAACGGUAUACACAUACUAUAUAAACGUAGCUGCUCGCAGACCAGGAACAAAACUUAUAAAGAUGAAAGCACAUUUGGUCGGCAAAUAUGUGCCUGUUUACCACGAAACAAGUUAUCCCUUCAUUCCCGCGAUCCGGGAACAGUACGAAAACAGCGCGAGUGCAACGACAUCUAACUCGUUGACUUCGCUGGUCAAUCUGAUAACCGAAUUGGAGUUUCAUCGGACAGCGUGGACAAAAGAGAACCCAUUUUUUGGAGUCUGUGAAAGCGCGAACGCUACGGGAAGCGAGGUGCCGAGGGAGACAUCCCCAACACCAACCGAUUACGGAGAAAAUAUCACAAGAAAUUCGUGUCGUUUUCAGAAGCCUAGAACAGGAGAGAUCAUUCCUUGGAGCGUUAACCAGCCAUACAAGAAACGAACACGUGAGAUCUACGAUCGUCAACAGACCCUAGAGUUGGAGAAAGAGUUCCAUUACACUCGUUACCUGACAAAAGAAAGGAGGGCAGAGCUGGCAAAUUCCCUUAUGUUGUCCGAAAGACAGAUUAAAAUUUGGUUCCAAAAUCGCCGUAUGAAAUGGAAAAAGGAGAAGAAGCCGAUUAUUCCAAAUAAACGACGAGCUCGCUUUGGCAGAAAAAAGGUUGCGCAAACGUUUGAGACGAGCAGGUUUAAUAAUUGUUGAAAUUCAUGUAAAUACAGUACAGCUAUAAUUUUGUUACAUACGCUAGAAGCAGCAGUCCCAAGGCCUGAAAGACGUUUUGAAAUAGUAAUAAACUGAAUUAAUUAGAAGUUUAGUGCAGUUGUAACAGAAUUUGCAAUAAGUGUCGUUUUUGCAUUAUUUAUUGAAUCUCCUUACCUAGGUUUUUGUUGGCCGCCCUGUUGAAAUUUCGAACGAGGUAGGUGCAUGGACGUGGUUCGUAUUCAGCCUCGAACAAUACGUUCGCUGAUAAGCAUGUAAACAAAAAACCCCCUCAUCUCAAACGUAUUGAAUGGCUUAUAUUGGCUGGCUUGCAU